CACACAUUGAAAAAUGUUAAAGAGCAUGCGAAAGUUUAUUUAAUUCACUAGUCGUUUACUGGCAUUUGAAUAACACAAGUGUUUGUGAGAAGUUGUAUUGGAUGGCAGGCAACACGAUCAUAUAGUUACCGGUCGGUCAUAUUAGUAAUUGCCUCUUAAGUGUAAACCAAGUACCAAGUGGCCAAAUUUUAAAGUGUUCACAGGGCUCGCGUGUCAUGUGAAAUACUGUUUGAGUUUUAGUUGUACAGCACUGUGUUCAAUUACAGUUUGUGUCGAUAGAAAACAAUUGGAAUAGCAACGGCAAAUGCCGACUUCGGACAUCGACAGCUACAAGUAAAAGCAACAGCAAUAACAAUAGCAGCCAGCAGAAGCAGCAGGUGAAAAUCCGCAGUGGACGAGUUUUGUAUUUAGCCAGCUGCAGAGUCUAAAAACAGACAUUACUGGAAGUCACCCUCAGCCUUAACCUACGAAAUGGCUUGCACCUGUGAAGUAAUUGGCCUGGCCUGUGUCGUUGCGCUUAUCUUGAGUGUUGCGGCCAAGGCACCCUAUCAGAUGAGAAUGUUUAUUGUAAUGUUCGGAGCUGGUGCGAUUGUGCUGUUAUGCAUUCCCUUCAUGAUACUGCGACCGAGAGACUAUCGAAAUGGACUAGCACCCUCCUGGUUCUUCAGAAAGCUGUGCAAGCUAAUGGGCAUUACCAUGGAAGUGCGUGGUGUGGAGAACGUGAGAAGGGAACACGGUAGUGUCGUGCUUAUGAACCAUCAAAGCGCUUUGGAUCUCUGCGUGUUGGCUUACUUGUGGCCAGUGAUAGGACGGCCCACUGUGGUGGCCAAAAAGGAAAUUCUGUACAUGCCCUUCUUUGGCGUUGGCGCCUGGCUCUGGGGCACUUUGUACAUCAACCGAUCGCGCAAGAGUGAUUCAAUUAAUUCACUGCAAAAGGAGGCGAUCGCUAUACGCGAACGGAAUUGUAAGAUCUUAGUGUUUCCGGAGGGCACUCGUAAUUCCAAGGAUAGUCUGUUGCCAUUCAAAAAGGGUUCAUUCCACAUUGCGCUUCAAAGCAAGUGCACGAUACAGCCUGUGGUUGUAUCGAAAUACUCGUUCUACGAUGAGGAAAAGAAAAGCUUCCGACCAGGCCACGCUAUCAUACAAAUACUGCCCGAGAUAUCAACGGAGGGCUAUGAAAAGGAAGAUAUGGACAAACUGAUCGAACUUUGCCGAUCCACUAUGCAACAAGAAUAUACAAGGUUGAGCAAAGAUCAGCUUGCUGUGAACUCAAAGAAACAGUCAUAAAUAUAUAUAUAUAUAUAUAUAUAUAUAUUAUAAUGUUAAACUCAGGUUAUGUAUACAAAUUGUCGGUAUUUAAGAGAAUGAAACAACGCAAAAUGCUUAAUAUUCUGAAAAAAAAAAAAAUUGUGUAGAUAUGUGGCAGAAUUCAGUUAAUGUAUUAUGAUAUGGAUAAGUUUAAUGAAUAACUAUAUUACAAUUACUGUUUUAGAAUAUUUUUGAAUAAUUUUAUUGUUAGUGCAUUUUACAUGCAUAGUUAUUUGCAGACGUUCACUUGGAACAGAUUUGAUGCCAAUGCCAAACGAUAAGAAAAACCUAACUCUCGACAAUUUAAAAACAAAUAAUAUUGCCUACAUAAGCUAAGAGAAAUUUAUUUCACGCAGUGGAAAAACAAGGAACAAAAAAUUAAAUAAAUCAUGAGAAGCAAAUAUCUAACUACGUACUUACGUAAA